AUGGUGCUUCCUGUUGUUGAUACUCCUCCGGGAAUAAAAGUCAUCAAUUUAAUAUCAGCAAAAUGCUGCCCUCAAAGAAGAAUGAAUAAGUUAGCAUGGCACAGAGCUGGAGUAUUAGCACUUACAUAUUUGGCGUAUACAUGCUAUCAUAUGUCAAGAAAACCAAUAUCUGUUGUCAAAAAUGUAUUAAAUUUAAACUGUAGUAGCUUAUCACCACCGUCUGAUUUAAUAAUCAACGAUACCAAUCGUUAUACCUGGUGUGACUGGGCCCCAUUUAACACGCCAGAUGCUCCUUUCUUAUUAGGAUUCUUAGAUUCAGCUUUUUUAUUCGCUUACGCUGCAGCAAUGUUUCUCAGCGGGUUUGUAGCUGAACGAGUUAAUCUUCGAUACUUUUUAUCGUUGGGUAUGAUUGCUUCUGGAAUAGCUUCAUAUUUAUUUGGUAUCGCAAAAACAUAUAAAAUACAUAAUCUGUGGUAUUUUAUUAUGGUUCAGGCAUUAGGAGGAAUAUUUCAAACUAGUGGAUGGCCAGGUGUUGUUACAGUUGUAGGUAAUUGGUUUGGCAAAGGAAAAAGAGGCCUUAUAUUCGGUGUAUGGAAUUCACAUACAUCGUUAGGAAACAUAUUAGGUAGUUUGAUAGCUGCUGAGUUUGUGGAAAGAAAUUGGGGCCUCAGUUUUAUUGUACCUGGAAUAUUAAUGGCUUCCGCUGGUUUUAUAAUAUUUUUAUUUCUUGCUCCUCGUCCCUAUGACGUCAACUGUAUAUCACCGAAUCCGCCAAAUUUUAGAAAAUUAAACGCAACAACUAGUUCCGAUGAAGGAACAAUUUCUGGUGAUGAUAUUGAUAGACAUCGAGUGAGCGAUGAAGACCAACUCAUUCAUCGUGUUAGUUGGCACCAGCAUGGCUUUGAUCCUGACUUAGAGAAUUCAAGAUCGGAAACGAGUCCGAUGUUAUCGGUGAACAGACGCAUGCAUAACUCCAAAGAAAAAGCAAUUGGAUUUGUUGGUGCAAUAAACAUACCUGGAGUCUUGGAUGCCGGGUUGAGCGCUGAUUUAUCAACUUUGUUUGAUGUCGGUGGUAUAGCAGGAGCAAUUGCAGCUGGAGUUUUGUCUGAUUACAGUGGAAUGAGUGCAGUAACGUGUGCAUUCAUGUUUUUGACAGCAAUACCGAUGCUAUUUUUAUACGAUUUUAUUGGAAGUACAAAUCUUGCUGUGAAUAUUACGUUGUUAAUAUGUACUGGUAUAUUAGUGAAUGGUCCAUAUGCAUUAAUAACAACCGCAGUAUCGGCAGAACUUGGAACACACCCUAGUCUAGGAGACGAUGCAAAAGCGUUAGCAACUGUAACGGCGAUUAUUGAUGGUACCGGAAGUAUUGGGGCUGCUGUUGGUCCAUUAUUAGCAGGAGUUGUAUCACGAUGGGGAGGGUGGCACAAUGUAUUUUAUAUGUUAAUGAUAUCCGAUCUCUUAGCUUUACUAUUACUAUCUAGAUUAGUUUAUCGAGAAUUAAGAAAGUAUCGACAAAGACGGUUGGCCGUUUAA